AUGACUCUUCCUGAAAAUCCAGACUCAAGUCAUGGCUCCGCGCGAUCAGAGCCCCAUGCCACCACCACCUCCUCCCAACUCUCCGGUCCUCAAGCGUUGCCGGAACUAAAGGCUCGAAUCAAAGCUGGACUGAAGACGUAUCCAGACUUUCCCAAGAAAGGCAUUUUAUUCGAAGACAUUCUCCCACUCUUCGCCUCACAUAGCCUACAUCAAGAUCUCAUCCGCGCAUAUGAACUUCAAGUUCACGAGAGCUUCGGCCCCGACAACCUCCCAGAUGUGAUAGUCGGCCUCGAUGCCAGAGGUUUCCUCAUCGGACCGACUUUGGCUUUGAGCUUCGGAGCUGGGUUCGUACCAGUAAGAAAGGCCGGGAAGCUGCCUGGCAAACUCGAAACGGCAGAAUAUGAGAAGGAAUAUGGUACGGAUACAUUUGCCAUGCAAACCGACGCGAUAAAACCCGGUCAGAAGGUCCUGGUUGUGGACGAUCUGAUCGCAACCGGUGGAUCGGCCUCAGCUGCAGGCACUCUGGUUGAGAAAUGCGGCGGAACCUUACUCGGCUAUAUCUUCAUCAUCGAGCUCACCUUUCUGAAAGGUCGGGAUAAGCUAAACGCACCCGUCUACACACUGUUGGAGAGCCAGUCAUAG